GCAGGUUUUCCUGGGCUCUUGUCUGCUUUCUUAAAGAAAGUGUCCAAGGAAGUUUGGACAGAUGUUCUCCAGGGAGAUGGGUGACGCAGCGAACUUGGCGUCAGAUCAAGCGUCGUAGACAAAACUGACGUCAGAAAGUCAUUACGGUGCUGAUUUAUACAUGUCGUAAGUGCCAUUUGUUGCAACUCAAAACAUCUUAAGGACUGCCUGUACUGUCUGCACUGUGUUUUCUCAACGACUGAGCGCUUGAACUGAUCCUGCCCCAGACCCUGCUCAGGCUUGAGAACAAAGUACAAUUUGAUCCUUGCUGAGUAUAUAGGAGGUGAGAGAGACUAUUCCUCUGUUCUGGGAAAAUAAUGCAUGAUAAUUCCAUAUACACCAAAACCAGCAGCGGAAGAUUCUUUGAACCAAAAAGUGAGUGAAUCCUGUUAUCUCCAAUGCCUUGAUGAAGGGAGUUUGUGCCUGAAAGCUUGCAAUUAAAGAAUUUUUUUUUUGCAAAAAUCCUGUUGGUCUAAUAAAAAAAAAAUCACCUCUACUACAAGCCCUGAUUCCUGUGUGUUCUGGCACUGGGGAUGGCAAGUGAAUUUCAGAAAGGAACCAAAGCCUUCCCUAGUGCUAUUAAUGGAGGAAAAACUGGGGGCAACACAGUGAAACUAUGACCCAGAGGGUGCAGUUCCACGCGGUCCCAUCUGAACUGAAUCGUUCCAGUGUAAAAACUGCCUUCUCCAUAGUGCAAAUCCCAGUAGCCUCCAUUAGAUGUCCUUCAACUGCUCUCUAUGGGUGUCAUUUGAAGAAUGACUAUCUCCAGGAAACAGCAGACCUCCAUGUUGUGUCCUAAAACCUACUUAACCAAAUGGAUCCCGAUGAAAAACGUGAAGGAGGGUUGGGUCGUUUCCAGCUUUUUUUUUUUUUUUAAAUGAAAAUAUAUCUAUUUCCAGCUAAGCCUUUCUAUCCACCAACCAUAUUUAAGACCUUCAGCUCAGUCGUGUCCUCCUUAGGAUCCCCCAGUUCCUUAUCACUAUCAAGUAGGAAACCUGUGUUUCUUUGUGGCGUGCUCUGGGCUGGUAGGAGCUGGCCAAAGAACCGGGAUUUGGGCUGUUUGGGUCGGAGGAUUCAUCCCGUCUAAACUAGGGGCAGGCAAUUAUUUUGGGCGGAGGGCCGCUUACUGAGUUUUGGCAAGCCAUCGAGGGCUGCAUGACAGGCAGUGAGGGGCAGAUAAAUAUUAAUUUUCUAACUUUUUUAGGGGCUCCGCGGGCCGGAUAGAAUAGCCUGGUGGGCCACAUCUGGCCCGCGGGCUGCAUUUUGCCCACCCCUGGUCUAAGCGACAUCACCAAAGACCUAAAAAACCUUUCUAGUGCCUCUUCCAGCGACCCAAGGGAGCGCAGUGGGACCCUCUCCCCCCGCCUCAAUCCCAAUCUGUCUUCUCAGGACAGGCCAGGAACAAGGAGCAGUGGGCAUCAACCUGCUCCCAAGGCCCUAAAAAAUAGCCAAGUCCUGCCCUCCACACCUUGCCCUGUGCCCCUGCCAGCUGCCCGUGCCUAGGAGUCCCCCAGGCAGUAGGAAGGGCUGCAGGAAGAACCCGGGGGCGGGGCCAGGUUUCCCGCCGGAGCCUGUAUCUGGGGGCGCCGGCGUGGGGCCGGGUUUCCCGCCGGAGCGCUUAUCUCGGGCGCCGGCGCGGGGCAGCAGGAAGUCACCAUGUCGAGUCUGCACAAGAGCAGGAUCGCGGAGUUCCGGGACGUGCUGGGCGAGGCCGAGGUGGCUCUGCCGAAGCUCCGCGCGCUCUGCUUCAGCGGGAUUCCUUUUGACGGUGGGCUGCGCUGCCUCUGCUGGAAGAUCCUUUUGAACUACCUCCCAGUGGACAAAGAAGUAUGGAGUUCUCUGCUGAAGAAGCAGAGGGAACUGUAUUCCCAGUUCCUAAAGGAAAUGAUUAUCCAGCCUGGGAUAGCCAAAGCCAACCUUGGUGUCUCCAGGGAGGAUGUAACCUUAGAGGACCAUCCACUCAAUCCAAACCCAGACAGCCGAUGGAAUACUUACUUCAAGGACAAUGAAGUCCUGCUGCAGAUAGACAAGGAUGUCAGGAGGCUAUACCCAGAUAUGGCAUUCUUCCAGCGCCCAACUGAGUAUCCUUGCCUGCUAAUCCUGGACCCCCAGAAUGACUUUGAGACGCUACGCAAGCGGGUGGAACAGACAACGCUCAAGUCGCAGACAGUAGCACGAAACCGGAGUGGUGUUACAAAUGUGAGUUCCCCUCUCAAACCAUCUGCUCCUCAUUCAUUGAGUGAGUAUGAAGUUCUGCCUAAUGGUUGUGAAGCUCACUGGGAGGUGGUAGAACGGAUCCUAUUCAUCUAUGCAAAGCUGAAUCCAGGGAUAGCAUAUGUCCAGGGGAUGAAUGAAAUAGUGGGGCCUCUUUACUACACCUUUGCUACGGAUCCUAACAGUGAGUGGAAAGAGCAUGCUGAAGCAGACACGUUUUUCUGCUUCACCAAUCUGAUGGCUGAGAUCCGGGACAACUUCAUUAAGAGCCUGGAUGAUUCUCAGUGUGGCAUUACGUACAAAAUGGAGAAGGUCUACUCCACCCUGAAGGAGAAGGAUGUAGAACUGUACCUUAAACUGCAAGAACAGAACAUCAAGCCUCAGUUCUUUGCCUUCCGCUGGCUGACACUGCUGCUGUCCCAGGAGUUCCUGUUGCCUGAUGUCAUCCGUAUAUGGGACUCUCUCUUUGCUGAUGACAACCGCUUUGACUUUCUUCUGCUUGUUUGUUGCGCCAUGUUGACACUAAUCCGGGAUCAACUGCUGGAAGGGGACUUCACUUUAAACAUGAGGCUGCUACAGGACUAUCCCAUCUCCGAUGUCCAUCUGAUUUUGAAGAAAGCAAAGGAGCUUCAGGAUUCCAAAUAGUCCAUGAGCCUGGUGGUGUCAGAGGAACUGUGCAGUAGCAUAUGCUAGGAGACGCCCUCUUACAGUUUGGUGCGUUAUCAGAGCUCCUGCAAACCUCUGCAGGGCGUUGGGUUUUGUGUUCUGCCUAUUGGCCUUGUUGAAGACUUCCUUCCACUAUUUAUUAGGUCAUGGACUGACUAUUCCCAGCUAGACAGGUCCUGCACUCCAGGUUUUCUGAAUCUCUAACAACUCCAUGCUGCCUAAGCAGCUGUUUGUAUCUUUUUUUUUUUUUUUUUUUUUAAUGACUAAGUUUGGGGAGAUAGAAACUGUUUAGCUGAGUAUUCCUCAAAGUCUUACAAAACACUUCUGUGUCUAUAGCAUUAUGAAAGCGUGUGCUCACACAUGGGGAUUUCUGUGAUAGGGGAAAGAAUGGGAUGGAUCCAGUGGAGUUUGGUGGGUAAGUAGAGAGUCUCCCUUUUAAAUAGAAUGUGUCUCACUCAAUCAGCAGGAUUUCGUGCCUGUGUCUGCACCUUGUCCUCUCUUGGGCAUGCAACAAGAAAAAGAUCAAGUUCACUGUCCUUCUGGUGAGUGUUAGAUGGAGCUCUGCAGUUCUGACCUCUUUCCAUGGGAAGGAGGCUUUAAGAAGCUGGGGUGGGAGAAUGCUAUUAUAGCUGGCUGCUUUGUGCAGUGAGAUUAUCUGCUCUCUAGUAGAGCCUGGUCUAAAACUGCCUUAUCAAGGAGCUCUCCUUGAUGAUGACCUUACUUGGAAGCAUAAAGUAGGGGUGUGGUUUUAAUUGGUGAGUGAAACAAUUUAACCAAGUCAAACAAGCCUUAUUUUACACAGCCUUAGAGUAGGGGCCCUGCUACUGCAGAGAGGCUUCAGGUCUUGAGCUAUCUUCCAUGCCACUUGUGUGGAAUCUACAUUUAUUCCAAAUUAAAGACAGAGUCUCUAAUUGCAAGCAGGAUUCUAAAGCACGAAGGGGCAGGUCUCCAGUCCUGUGCUGCCCAGACUGGAGUCUUCAGUGGGGACUUCAAAAGGCAUAAUGUGGGUUUUGCUAUGAAAUUGGCUUUUUGCCUUUGAAUGUUUGUAAUGUUACCUAGACUACUCCAAGCCUUUCAAACCAACUUCAGUAACCUUUGGUCAGCGUAACUUUUUCAGUCUGUGAUAAUCCUUGCUGGUAAGUGAUUUGAGAUUAUAAAUUAGAUUUUGUGUGCAUGUGCACACGUACUGUCUUGGGAUGUGAUCCUUUUGGAGACAGAAGCAGUAAGCUGGUAAUAGCUGAUGCUUUGGGAUACCCUUUUUCUCAGAACAUCUGAAGGAGAGAGUGCCACAUGCUGGUACAGCCCCACCAGAGCGGGAAACCACUAUAUUCCAGGCAAAUACAGUGGAUCACAGUAUAUCUGCAUCAUCCAAGAUUAGGAAUUGGGAUUGGGGCGGGAGGGACUUGCAGCCUACAAGCAGUGUCCUGGUGAUCAGAAUGGGGACCCAGAGUGAGCAUCAGGUGAUUUUUCUUUUUUUAUAGCGGUGGGAGAAACUGGAGUAGCUGAGUACUCCAGAUGCUGUGAACAAACACUAAUCCAGGAUGCUGUGCUUCCCGCUGUCAGGACAGUGCAGAAUUCCAGUUGUCCAACACUGCAGUUGUCUCGUAUUUAAAAUCUGUGUAUGGAUUUUUGUGUGUGUGUGCAUUGCUCUUAUUAAAAGCCAACUUUGUGCUUUCUCAGAGCUCACUUACCCUGCUGAGUCCCACUAGCAGAUGAGCCACAGUGCCCUGAGGUGUGGUCAGCCUGCUGAAUGUUGGGCGAGGACUUAAAACGGCACUAAGGAAUGAUCCAAGUCCUGUGUAAACUAGUGAAUGUAAGGGGGGGGGGGGGACAUGAGGAGGGAAUGUCUUUCCCUUGCCUUGGCAUUGGGGUUGUUAACAACUCCCUUAGCAUGAUGCUCAGCUUUUGUGCUGCUUCAGCUUCCAUUGACUGGAACAGUACAGAGGAUGCAGUGGUGACAUUUUAAAUGUGUGUGAACUGGAGGGAGGAUAGCAGUUUUUAAGUGUGUGUGUGAAUGCUACUUAUCAGGCAGCUUCUUUCUUAAGGAAUGAGAAGGCUGAGAGAGGACUACAACUUUCAGCCACUUAGUCAUAAGAAGUAUGAGAAGUAGACAUACCUGUACCAGUUAUUCCAGGAAUUAGAUUCUUCUGCUACACUGCUUUUGUGUUAGGGAGACCAGUGCUGAGUGAGUAGUCUUUUAUAAUCAUAAAGCCAGCUGCUACAUGCAGGCAUAGAACUUGAGGAUUGGGCUGUCUGGCAAAACUCCCAUCAAACUUCCCGAGGUGUGUUGCUCAAAGUGGAAAGCUCGUUACACAAUGGCAAGGCUUCAGCGUUGCUCUGGAUGCCUGUAGUGCGUGUGGUGGGGGUUGGGUUUGGUUUUGUUCAUUUUGUUUUUCUGUAACCUUUGCUUAACCUAAAGCUUAUACAUGGACUCCAAAAUGCUUCCAAGGCACCUGAGCCGUGUGGCCUGUCCUCUUGCACAACUCCAUAAGCAGCACUACAGUUCUGGCGCAUCGGCUGUAUUUCUUUUAAUAACUUACAAAUAACUAGCAGGCUGCGAGGCCAAAAUCUCUCAUGAACCACUCUAGAUUACUUGACUUCAUGAACAUUAUGUUCAUCUGGGAUGCUGUCAGGCAGAUAAGGUUGCUUGCUGAUGCAUAAAGGCCUGAAGAAGAACAGAGUUUGCCUCUCCAUUCCUAAUUUCUGGGAGACAUGCAGAAAGUAGGCAUAUGGUCUGACAAUGGAAACCAAUCUGGGGCUGCUUAUGCUAUGUGGAGUAACCUGCUCGGACUCUAAACUAAACUUAAUUUUGAUUUGAAGUCAAUGGGAGUCCUUCAACUGAUUCUUAAUGCUGAGUUUGGUCAGGUGUUUGCAUGGGAGUGUAGCUUUUCUAAUGAGGGAAGAGAUUGACCAAUGGUAUAAUCCUCUGUAGUCUUGGGAUACUUGGGCCUACAUGCCAGUGCUGGGGGGGGUGUUUUGGUGGUUUUCUCCCUGGCUAGUAUGUUCAGUUUAGGUGGUACAAAACCUCCACCCCAAUCCUGCCUAGUCAGCCUAAGCGAUAUAAGGGUUUUAAGCAAAGACCUCUUGUGCGUUAGUUGGUGACAGUAAGUAAGAAUGAAAGGAGUGACCCUUGCCUCUUAGGACAGGUCACAGAUGACACUCCAGGAAAGAAACAAUGCCAGAAAGGCUCCUUUAGAGCUUUUUCCAGCUAGGGGGAGGGCUUGGCUAUUAGCCCAGGCAUGCUGGUUAUAGCUGAUUCAUUUGAUGUUAAGCACCAUGUAUAGGUUCCACUGCAGAACUUGAAAGACUUUAUUAUGCCUUUAGUCAUCUGGGAGAUGAAAAAGUGUACAUUAAGGUUGAGUUUCUCGAGUGUGAAACAAGGUGGGAGAAGAAUGAGCACCUAUGCUGAGGGAUGUUGCUGGUGUGUGUUUCUGUUUCCCCUCCCCCCCCAGUUUAAAAGCAGAGAAUCUCUCCAUUCCAAUGCAGUUAGUGAGACUAUUGUUCUUCUUUGCACAUUGCAAGGGCCACUUUAGCUGUCCAAGAUCCUCUUUGUUCUGGUGUCUGUCUUUUUUCCCCUCCCCUUGAGAUAGCAAGGGCUGCUGUUUGGAUCCUGAAGGAAUAGGGAGGCUGUCAACAAGGAAUUCUUCCCUUUUCUUUAAUGAUAUUUUGAAGUUUAACACUGCUAGCACUUAUUGGUACUGUGGCUCGUUUCAGUAGUGGGGAGGAGACGCACAAACACUAUGUCUCUUGUAAGCUCUUUGAAUUAGUUACCUUGACUUUCCUUGAAUUGUUUUGCAGCUGGACAGUAACUAGCUUGUAGUUGAGUCCUCUCACAUGAUCACGAAGUAACUGCCCCCAACUUAGAAGCAGACUUCUCUCUCCAGAGCCUGCUCCGUUACAGGAGCAGCUGUCUUGGCUGAGGCCAGUAGCAGCCCAUAGUUGCUUGUAUACUGUGACACAACAUUGUGGAAUCCAAAUACCUUGUUAGCUAGGAUACUUGCUUAGCUUCAUGCAGCACACCUAGAGCUCUUCCCAAGAGCAGGACAGAUGCCUCCACAGUGGCAGUGGUCCUCCACUGGAAGUGGGGGGUGGGGGGAAGGAUGAAUGGAGAUGCGGUGCACUGGUCAUAAGGAAGAAGGCCAGGACCCCUGCCCUUCCCUUCCCCUUCCCACAAUUUUGUGCUGUGGAAUCUUGUAGCCUUGGCAAUGGUCAGGAAAAGGAAGUGGAGAAAUCUAGGGGUGAGGGCAAACCUGGGACUGGCCAUGGUUUUUUAUAAAGAAUUUUCUUUUUUUUGGAAUGAGUGUCAUACAUGGGUCAAUGUGUUGCUGAGUUGUUUUGUUUUUGUGGUCUAAACUGGAAUUUAUUUUUAGCUCCGCAAUGGAUAGAGUGAAGGUCAGGAGCUGCUGUAAGAAAUACAGGGGUAUUUUGGCGUGCAAGGGCUCUUUCUACUUUUUUUUGUAUGUUUUAGCUACCUUUAAAACUUUUUUCUAAAAUGCCCUUUCACAGAAGAUUGCGGGGCGGGGGGGACCACACACUAGUAACCUCUACAAGUUUUCAAGGGAAGUAAAUCAUACUUUUCUCCUUUUCGACUGGAAAAGAAAUCAAGACGUGAGAUUGAGAUCAUGUCAUCUAUGUGCAAAGCUUUCCCCCCCAGCCCUCUUUCUCAGGUUUAAACACUAUUUUUUUUUUUUCCUCUUCAUGCAGCUCCUUUCCAUUAAAUUAAGGGCUUUGUACAAAAAUGAUCUGUUCUCUAUACAAUGCAAUUCACCCUUGCCACAGGUUGCGCUAGGAUCCUAAGCUGCUAUAUGUGAUAAACUACAGUGUGUGUGUUUUUUUUUGUUUUGUUUUGUUUUUUUUAAAUGCCCUCUUUCCUUCGGACUGUGAAAAACCAAGUGAGUGUGUGUUAGUUGGAUGUCAGUAGCAUUAACCUCUGGUCUUCUAUAUUUCAAGAGUCUGUGUUAUAGCAGAGUUGUUCUGCAUGUGUAAGUUAUUCUCAUUGCCACCAUACCCUAGGCUCCCCUCCUGUUUGUGUGUCACUCCUAAACUAAACUUUUUUACUACCUGGUUCCAUAAAAUCAUGGUCCUACUGGGCUAGGGAACGGGGGUUGUAUGGUGUAGCCCGCACUUACAGGGCUGUGUUGCUCUAAACUUUAACUAACAACAUCUGGGUAUAUCCUUCAAGUACAGAUAUUCUCGCUAGGUCACACUAUCAAGUUAAAUUUUUACAUGUACAGUUGAGUAGGCUGUUGCAUGAGCUAUUGCUGGAGCUGUGCAAAUGCACCAGGAGCCAAGGUGUACUGGGACACUGUUACCCCUGAGGGUGGUAAGGAUCACUGGACUGGUAGCAGCAAGGGCUGCGUUGCUAGAAAUGAAUGAUUGUCAGAUUCAUGGAAGAUGCUCGCUGGCUCUAAGCGUAGGGAACAAAAGCACGUGGCUGUGCAAAGGCAGGCCAAAGGUGGGAACGGAAGAAUCCUCCAUGACCAAGCUGUUCCUCCUGCCUGUGCUGAUUUUAUAAUGUUGUUUUAUUCCUGUACAUCUCACAUGAGCUGUGGGGAGUUCUUGUUUCCAUGACUGCUGUUCUUUUUGAUUUGUCUUAAUAAACAUUUUCUCUUUGCAAAG